AUGGACAAAGAAGCGGGAUCCUCCUCAUUCCAGAUCAAGGCAAAUGAGCCUCCAGGACAUGACAUCUUCUGCACCCCGGAAAACAGUAACUUCUUCUCCAAAGUGCAUUACCAAGAUCUCAAUUCCAACGAUAGAGAUAUACGUCUUCUGAAAAUCCUACCCGAUUCAGGGUCUGGCCUUGUCGAGGGCGAAUUAUUACCAAGCGUGAGACUCGCCGACGUACGCAAGCAAUACCUCGCCCUUUCAUACUGCGCAGGCAACCCACGCAAUACAAAGACUAUCACUGAUGACCUGUUGCUAUGGGUCGAUCAAAUCUGUAUCAACCAAGCCAACCUCGCAGAGCGAUCUCAUCAAGUCGGCUUCAUGAGAGAUAUUUACCAAAAUUCCAAAGAUACGCUUAUUUGCCUUUCUGUUUCUGAAACAGAAGGGCAUGGAAUGAAAUGGUUUAUCGAGCUGGAACAAGAUCUCAUACAGCAUCUACUAAAAGAGCACUCCCACGAAUCUGGCGCAGAUGGGUGGAUUGCAUUCUUCCACAUUCUCAAAAGUCCAUGGUGGGAUAGAGCCUGGGUCUUCCAGGAAUUCAUGGUAUCAAGCCGUGUGAUAUUUCUCUUCGGGAGACACUCCAUUUCCUAUGAUAAAAUGCUUGCAUUUCUGGUUGGCAUAUGCAUUGUAACCCACAACUCGCUCUCCGAAACCAGCAGUCCUGGAUAUGAGCCGUUCAAACGAUUACUUGAACGCUCGCAAUACUCAUUGGAAGAAAUCGAAAAGGCUGUCAGCAAAGUUUACAGUAUGAACAUUGCCAAGGGAAAAUGGGUUCAGGAUGCAGGUUUGAAGAACCUUCUCGUUUACAACAGCAGCAGCCAAGCGUCAGACCCCCGCGACAAGAUAUACUCUGUUCUCGGCCUUGCUCAUCCUGGAUAUGGUAUCGUACCGAAUUAUUCACCGGAGAAUGAUGCGGACAAGGUUCUGGUCGAAACAACACGCAAGAUCAUCAUGUGCGAGGAUAGCUUGAACGUGCUCACGUAUCUGGAUCAUUCAACUCCUCACUACAACAAUGAAGAUGGCUUGCCAUCGUGGGUAGUCAACUGGAUGUCCAAUAUCAACACUUACGAGUAUACACAUGGCAGCUCUAUUAUGAAAAGCAUCACUGGAUACGUGGGACAUCACGUCAAAGCUGAAAAAGCCGAUGCUUCAUUCUCGCAACUUCCUCACCCGGAGCACCCCGAAAGGAUUACAACAGCCUUGGAGGUAUGGGGUGUAUUUCUAGAUGAUGAUAUACAGAAAACAACACUUGAUACAGUAUACAAGGGGUCGCGGGAUCACAGCAUCUUAGCAGAAAGGUAUGCGAUAGAAAGCAGUGACGAGCUGUGGAUUCUCUGCGGAGCGUUGGAGCCCUUUCUUUUGAGAAAGUGUCAAGGAGGAUAUCGAUUGGUUAUAGGUGUACAGUGUCUAGAGUUACUCAGUGACCUGACAAAGGGAGAGUUUAAGGAUUUUGUUGAUGGGGCAGGGGAUCUGGAUAUGAGGAAGAUGGAGUUGACGCGCAUCAGGAUUUUCUAG